AUAAAAAAGUGGUGAUUUUAGUUUUUAAAUAUUAAAAACCUGCUUUUGCUUCUUUGCUCGUUGAUAGGAUCAGUCAUGGCAGACCAGAUUGAAUUGAAAACAGCCCCAGUCGAUUUUCGCUUCCCUACAACUAAUCAAACAAGGCAUUGUUUCAGUCGCUACAUGGAGUUUCACAGGUGCUUGGCUUCUAAGGGUAAAGGGUCUAAGCAAUGUGAGAGUUUUGCCAAAUACUACCGUUCUCUUUGUCCUGCUGAAUGGAUUGAGAAGUGGAAUGAACAGAGGGAGAAUGGUACAUUCCCAGGUCCUCUUUGAGUGUGAUUACACAGGGAAGUAGGAGAA